CAAUUUCAAAGACGCAGACUUUUUAUCCUCUAUGGAUCCGAACAAAACGAUUUAAGAAACAGAAAAUAAUAACCUUAACCUCAACAAACACCCGCCAUUUCCAACCACCGCCAACGCCACCGCCAGAAUGGCGUCUGCCUUCGACGCUUUCAGCCCAGUUGGAGAAGAUUUCACCAAUAACAAUAUCCAACACGACGAAAUAUCGUCAAAUUCCCGCCCUUUUGAUGACGAUUCUUAUAUGGGUGGCGAUCACGACUCUUCAUUCCCUGCUCCCACUAACCAAGACGACGACUUUUUCUCUGGCGACCACCAGCCACCGUUAUCACCAAUUCCUGAUGACAUCACCAACAAUCCGCAUUCUCCGGAUGUGUAUGGAUACGGAAUGCCAAUGCAGCACCAGGAGUAUGAAACGAAUGGGAAUGAUGAUGGUGCAGGCAUUUUUGCUUCCGAUGGACCGCUUCUUCCUGAUCCUACUGAGAUGCAAGAAGAAGGUUUACAGCGACGCGAGUGGCGCAGGCAAAAUACCCUCCAUCUUGAGGAAAAGGAGAAAAGAGAGAAGGAAAUGCGCAAUCAAAUUAUCAGUGAAGCGGAGGAAUAUAAAAGAGCAUUUUAUGAGAAAAGGCAGCUCAACUGCGAAACUAACAAGGCUCAGAACAGAGAAAGAGAGAAGAUGUACUUGGCUAACCAAGAGAAAUUCCACAAAGAAGCUCAUCAACAUUAUUGGAAAGCCAUCGCAGAGAUCAUUCCUCGGGAGGUGCCAAAUAUUGAAAAGAGAGGCAAGAAAGAUCCUGACAGGAAACCUUCCAUUCUGGUAGUUCAAGGUCCAAAGCCUGGAAAGCCCACUGAUCUUUCAAGGAUGAGGCAAAUUUUUGCUAAGCUGAAACAGAACCCUCCACCUCAUAUGAUGCCUCCCCUGCCUGCCAAAGAUGGCAAGGACACAAAGGAAGGGAAAGAUGGAAAAACUGCAAAGGAAGGAAAAGAUACCAAGGAUGGAAAAGAUGGCAAGGAUACAAAAGAAGAGAAAGAUGCCAAGGAUGCUACUGAAGGGAAAGAUAGCAAGGAUGCUAUUGAAGGGAAAGAUAGCAAGGAUGCUACUGAAGGGAAAGAUAGCAAGGAUACAGCAGAUGGGAAAGAUAGCAAGGAUGCGGAAGGUCCAACAUCUACACCUGCUAAAGAUGAUGCGGCGGCCAAUGGUGCAUCAGACUUAUCUAAACAGGAGGCUCUUUCUGCUGGGGAGGGUGAGCAAGCUGCUGCAGCUGAACCAGCCACCACUGAGUGAUGACACGCUACCCUUUUUAUGAUCAAAUUCUGAUUAAAUUCUUUUCAUUAUUUGGAUACUUUGUUAACCAGUUUGGCCAAGAAUAAGUGCAUCUCUACUGGACAUUCUUGAAUCUGUCCUCUGUUAUUGCAUCUUGAGAGCGUGCUUCCUAGCUAUAUAGGAUUAUCUAGAAUUUUAUAUGGAAAACUUAGUUUUAUCAAUUUUUUAUAAUCUCCAAUUUUUCACAGAUUUAGCAUCCA